AUGACCGGAGUAAGGAGGCGAACUGAUCUGGAGAGUUUCACGGCCGGAGACCGUCGAAGCUCGCCGGAAAAUUCGGGUCUGGGCAUCAAUUUCGAAACCAAAACCGUUGUUAGAGCACCAAAGACUGGAGCUUCCGCAGCCUCCACCAACCCUAACCCUCUUUUGACCGCCCAUACACCGGCGUUGGCUGCCGUCCUCCAUGGCGGCCCUAGCCCUAAAACACCAAAGCCCUCCUACGCCGCUACUCUGUCAGCGGUUUCUCCAAUUCCCUUUGCCAUCGCCGAUCUACCCUUGCCAUUUUUAGAAGAUGGUUUGAUUUCUGUUCGCAUCUCUGAGAAGCCAUUUCUUCGUGGACUUGAGAGAUGCAAAACCAACUUGAUUGGUCGCGUUAAUUCUCCUAUCAAGACCCCAGACCUUGUACACCAAUUGAAGCAACUUUGGAAGGGCUUAGAUCUCUGGACUGUGGCACCUCUAGGUAGGGGGUUUUUCAUGAUCCAGUUCAAAAACUUAGUCGAUAUGCAGCGCGUUUGGUCGUUGGAGACAGUGCGACUUAACUCCGACAUGCUUCGUCUGAUUAAAUGGUCACCUGAGUUCUCACCAUCUACAUACAAAAAUACCUUUGCACAGGUCUGGGUGCCCUUUUGGGAUUUAGGGUUUGCCUACUGGGAUCAACAAACUCUUUUUGAAAUUGCAUCUGGUCUUAGUACGCCUCUUAAACUGGACCCUCGAACCAAGAACAGCACCGUGGGCUUGUUUGCCAAAGUUUUAGUGGAUAUUGAUUUCUCCCAGUCCCUUCAUGACAAGCUCAGAAUCACUAGGGCCAAUGGUGAGGUCGUUGUGAUUGGAGUCAAGUAUGAGUCUGAACCUGAUAUCUGUAGCAGGUGUGGGAUGGUUGGCCAUGUAGCUGGUUCUUGCCGUUCUGCGGCUGCGGAGGACAUUGUUGCUGCUGUCUCAAAAGAGCGCGGAAGGUCAGUGGAGCGUUCUGAACUGAAGCGACGGAGGAAAAAUCAAUCGCGCAAGUCACAGCGUCAUUCACAAAAACAUGGUGUAAUUUUGAGAAUGGUCAGAGAGCCUGAUGAUGUUACGGCAUCGUUGGAACUCACAGUAACAAAUUUAAGGAAUGAGGUUGGCGAUAUGAGGGCGUCGUCUGUUUUGAAUGAUGUCGAGACUCUCACAACAGCUCCAUUUCUCACGGAAGCUCCAGUUAUCAUGGCAGCUCCAGUUAUGGACGGGCUGAUGGAGGUUGCGGUGCCUGCGCAGAAAUCAGAUUCCAGCGACAGCGUCCCCCCUGGUUUUACGCGGUUAGAACCGGAAAAUGAACUCCAGGCUUCAAGCUCCACGUCAACUCCGGUGGUUUCAGCAGCACCUCCAUCGAUUAUUGUUGCUGAUUGUAAUCAAAGUGAUUGUCAGCUGGGAGAUAGAACUGAGGCUUUGGAGGACGAAGAAUUCACACCAGUUCUAUCUAAGAAGUCGAAGAAAUUGCAGAAGCAGAAUGAGAAAACAAAAAACAAAAUCAUAUCCCAUAAACCUGCAGGCCGUGCUCUCCUUAGAAAGGGGGCUAGCCUCAAGUGUUUCUAA